AUGAGCGAAAUAAACGAAGGCAAAAAAUCUGAAUAUCGUGUUGCUGUUGGUAUAGAUGUCGGAACCACUUAUUCGAGUUUCGCUUAUGCACAUAAAAAAGCUCCACGUGAAAUUUAUCCAUACACAGAUUGGCCAGAAUUUAGUGGUCGGUUUAAAACUCCGACAGCAUUAUUAUACGAUGAAGGAUUUAAGAAUCUUAAAGCGUGGGGAUUUCCAGCAUUAGCAGAACGACCAACUAGGAGAAAUAAAAAUUCUACUUCUAAACCUGUAGAAAGAUUUACACUUCAUUUAGGAAGCAUGGAAAACAAAUCUCCUUUACCUAAUGGACUUGAUUAUAAAAAAGCUAUUACUGAUUACCUUCGAGAAUUGAGUAAGAUUAUAAAACAAACUAUUGCUAAUAUUUGGGAACUUGAUUUCUUUACUCACGUAGUACUCGUUUUAACGAUUCCUACUGAAUUUGAUGAUAAUGCAAUUGCGAUUAUGAGAGCAUGCGCUUUUGAAGCAGGACUAUUGAGGAAUCUUAAUAGUCGAAAUUUAGUAUUUAUUACGGAACCCGAAGCUGCUGCGAUUCAUUGUAUGGAAUCCUUAAAACAGCAUAAUUUACAAGUGGGUACAAACAUUAUGGUUGUUGAUUGUGGUGGGGGGACCGUGGAUUUAACAACUCGACAAUUAUUGGAUGAUGACAAAUUAAGUGAAAUUACAGAGAGGACUAAAGAUUUUUGUGGUGGAAGUUACGUAGAUCAAGAAUUUCUUAAUUUCUUAAGAUGCAGAGUCGGCACUUCUACAAUAAAUCUUGUAAAUGACAAACACUAUCACCAACUUCAAUAUGUGUUACAAGAGUUUUGUAGAAAAGUUAAGAUAAGAUUUAGCGGAGAUAAAUCAGAAUUUGUUCCUGUCGACCUGGAAUUAGAUGAACUUUGCCCUGUUUUAGAAAAAUACUGUAAAGGAGAAUAUUUGAAUAGGAUGGAACAAAAUGAUUGGAGAGUUCGAUUAAAUUUUGAAGACGUUAAAGCAAUGUUUGAUCCAGUUGUGGAAAGAAUUAUGCUUUUAAUCAAUGCUCAAUUACGUUCUAGCAAUAAUAGUUCUGCGUUAAUAUUAGUCGGUGGAUUUAGUGAAUCAAAAUAUUUGCAAUCAAGAAUAAAACAAGAAUUUAGUACAAAAGUACGAGUUAUCUCCAUACCACCCCAACCAGCUACCGCUAUUAUAAAAGGAGCUGUUACAUAUGGCAUGAAAGAAGAGGUACAUACUUCGCGUGUUUUGAAAUGGACCUAUGGAACUUCUAUUAAUAAAAAAUGGAAACAAGGUGACCCAGAAGAAAGAAAAUUACCUGGUGGCAGAAUAAAUAGAUUUGAUAGACUAGCAAAAAAAGGCACACAAGUGGAUGAGCGAGUAACUAGAACUUUUUAUCCUUGCUGUAAACAUCAACGUAAAAUUGUUAUUGAUAUUUUUAUAACAUCAGAAGAUGAUGCAAAAUACUGUGAUGACCCACAUGUUAAGCCACUUGGUAGAUUGUCAAUUGAAUUGCCACUUUCUUUAAACGACGAGAUUUGUUUUAUUACAUUCACACUGACUUUUGAUGAUUUUGAAAUUCAAGCCUGCACUGAAGUUUCAAAUAUUGGUGAACGCUAUGAAACCACUUUUUAUUUAGAUGUUUAA